AUGGAUAUUCUGAUAACAUCUGUGCCAGGAAUGGAAGACUUUUUGUGGCGGCGGGACCUCCCAGGGUACAUGGUGGGUUGGGCACCACAAGAGGAGGUCUUGAAGCACCAGGCCAUUGGUGGGUUCUGGACACACAGUGGUUGGAAAAUAUUGGAGAGCAUAGUCGCUGGGGUGCCAAUGAUGUGUUGGUCUUAUUUUGCUGAUCAAAUGGUGAACAGCAGGCUUGUGAGUGAGGUGUGGAAGCUGGGAUUUGACAUGAAAGAUAGGUGUGACAGAGUGAUCCUUGAGAAAGUGAUUAGGGAUUUGAUGGGGGGAGAGGAAGGUUGA